AUGCAUAUCAACAUGCGAGCAAUAAGAACACUCUCCUGCGAAAACAACCAACGCAUUCUCGCAACCUUCGUAUCCCAUCGUCGAUUCCUUCAUUCGCAUCACCACUCACCACAAGCUGCAUUCAUCCAAAACCUUCUUAAAUUUCGUCGAGACAAACCCACAGAACAAAUCGAACAAGCUCUCAACCUCACCGGAAUUCACCCCAACGACCACCUCGUCCUCGACGUUUUGCAACGACACCGUUCCGAUUGGAAACCCGCGCUCGUUUUCUUCAAAUGGGCCUCCAAAACAAACAUAUACACACCCACUUGUCACGUGUACAACGAGAUUAUCAACAUCCUCGGCAAAAUGAACCGUUUUGAAGAGGUACACCAAGUGCUCGAUGAAAUGUCACAUAGAAAAGAACUCAUCAAUGAAGAAAUAUUUUCCACUUUAAUUCGUAGGUUUGUGGCCGCACAUAAAGUGGACGAAGCAAUUAACAUGUUCCAUAGAAGGGAAGAGUUUGGUUUGGAGAAUGAACUUGAUUCGGAAGCUUUUCGUACUCUUUUGAUGUGGCUGUGUAGGUACAAGCAUGUUGAAGAUGCUGAAACUUUGUUUCAUAGAAAUUUGAAUAGGUUUCAGUUUUGUCAUGAUAUAAAGACGUGGAAUGUGAUUCUCAAUGGUUGGUGUGUUUUAGGGAAUACGCAUGAAGCAAAAAGGUUAUGGAAAGACAUCUUAGCAUCUAAAUGCAAACCUGAUAUUUUCACCUAUUCAACUUUCAUCAAGGCAAUGACAAAGAAAGGGAAAUUGGGAACUGCUUUAAAGCUGUUCAAUGGAAUGUGGAAAGAUGAGAGCUGUAAACCUGAUGUUGUGAUAUGCAAUUGUGUGAUUGAUGCUCUUUGUUUCAAGAAGAGAGUUCCUGAGGCAUUGCAGAUUUUUCAUGACAUGAAGGAACGAGGUUGUCUACCGAAUGUAGCUACUUAUAAUUCAUUGAUUAAGCAUCUUUGUAAGAUAAGGAGAAUGGAGAAGGUUUAUGAAUUGGUAGAGGAUAUGGAGAGGACGAGUGGAGAUUGUUUGCCUAAUGCUGUUACUUAUAGUUAUUUGCUAAAGUCUUUGAAGGCACCGGAGGAAGUUCUUGGGAUUUUGGAGAGAAUGGAGAGAAAUGGAUGUGCAAUGAGUGAUGAUGUCUACAAUUUGGUCUUGAGGUUGUAUAUGAAAUGGGGUGAUCUUGAUGGAUUGAGAAAAAUAUGGGAGGAAAUGGAGAGAAAUGGAUUGGGACCGGACCGACGAUCAUAUACCAUCAUGAUUCAUGGACACUUUGAAAAUGGGAGGAUAAAGGAUGCUAUGCGUUAUUUCAGGGAAAUGACAUCUAAGGGGAUGGUGCUGGAACCGAGAACAGAGAAAUUAGUUAUUUCCAUGAACGGUCAGUUGAAUGAGAGCACAGGAAAACAAGAAGGAACUAAUGUUGAGGCAUCUAAUGUUUGA